CUCGCCUCGCAAUUACAACCGCGCUUCAGAUAGUCUUUAUAUAUUUUUAUUUUACCGCAAUAGAGGGUUUUCCUCUUUUAUUUACGGAUGGUGAACUUGUCUGUCGAGUUUUUAUCGAAUAGUAAUUGUUUUAGUUGUCAAAAAGGAGCCAAAGACCCGUGUUUCCUCGAAGCUAUCAUGCUGAACACAGAGGAAAGUUCCUGGCUGUCGGGGUCCCGGCUGCCCGGCUCCCUCCCUCAGGCCCCAGGGCCUCUGUGGUGUUCCGAUGCCCCUCACCCACAACUAAAGAUCCCGAGUGGGCGAGGGGCGGUCAGGGAUCACUCUCUCGGCGUGCUGCUACACAAGGAUGAUAAGUUGACGGUGACCCAGGCCUCUCCGGCCGGCGGGAGCCCCUCUUUUCUUCGCUUCAGCUACCAGCUGAACGAGCGCCGCUCGGCCUUCUGGGACACGGCGCUGUCGGGGGGCAGCCUCUUCCUGGAGGUCCCCGCUGGGCCGCUGGCGGAGGGCAGCAAAGAGGGGCUAACUGCUCUGCUGGGCUUUGCGGAAGAGAAGAUCAAAGUCAACUUUGUGUUCCUGUGGUUCCAUAAAAACAGAGAGGAUCGACUGUCCAUCAUCAAGACGUUCCACUACAUGGGCCUGGAGAUGGUGAAGCCGGGUCACCCCAUGGUGCCGGCGCGGCCCGAUCUGGCCUUCAUGGUUUACUCUCUGGACACCAGCAGCUCAGACGAGGAGUGACGAGGGCUCCUGACACCUCCCUCGCUCCGCCCCCCCCCCCCCCUCUCUGACACCAACCUUUUAAAGAACUCUUCGUCGCUGACUGGGAGGUGUCAGCUUUUUUUUCUUUUUUCAUGAUUUAUGGGGAGUGUUUGGGACUGAUGGGAUUUCCAUGUGAUGAAGAUACCCCACCCCCCCUCACACACACACACACACACGUUGUUUUUUCCAGAGGUCAUAAGCUGAAUAAAUGUCGGUGUGAGACGGUCAGGGUCAAAGAGAAGCUCCACUUCCUGUCACUUUGCAUUAACAUGUACAUACAAUAUUUGGAUCAAAAACCGGAUCAUCCGUCGUUAAAAACCCCUCGCCGAUGUUCUGAAGGCGAUUCUCACCAUUCUGAUGAAAGUCAAAAAGCUAAAUUCACUAAGAUGAUACAAUUGAAGAUGAGCGAGGCGUUUUGUUUGUGCCUGAAGAGGAGAGUGCAAUGCUACGAUUUUUUCUACUCUUGAGUCUUAUAUUGAGGAACGUGUCUAUUUUUCACAUAAGCGUGAUCGCGUGCGGAUUCGGACCCAUUCGAUGGGAGGGGGCGGAGCUUGUGGACGUACAACGUCAGCGCUUCAGGUGAUUUACAUUUAUGAAUUUUUCUUUUUAAAGGAAUCCAGUGCAGGUUUUUAUUUUAGUAAACAAAAAAACGCCAAAGAAUCCAUUCAGUCGGGUUUGAAAUCACGCUUUCUAAAACCCCGAUACGAUAACCAACAUUCCCCACGCCGGCUUUUCUCCCUCUGCUACGGAUCGAGCGCCCCGGACGACGAGCGGUUUGGAAAUGUCAAUAUAUAAAAACAAAAGAUUCUCAGAGGUAUAUUUUUAUCUAUGUAUAUUUCUCAUGUUUUACUGCGAUAGCUUUUAGGGAUUUUAUUUUGUUGUCUGACGUAGUUAUAGCAACCAUUCAAUGACGAUGUAUACUUUUUGUUUUGUCUUGGAGGGUUGGGACAAUAAAACUUGUCAUCUCUA